AUGGCAGGCGUACAUGAGGAUUUGGCAGAGCUGAUCAGGGAAUUCGGUCUGCCAGAUCGGCUUCUCCGUACCUUUCAGGAGAAGGCUGUCACAUCCAUCAACGCAGUCAUCAAGACCUUCGAGGACGAUGAGCAGUUUGCGGACUUCAUUCUGCAGCAGGAGGUUCUGGGUUCGAAGUCUCUGCGUCUGCGCCUGGCAUUGAAGAUGGUGUAUAUGGAGGCGGUGCAGCGCGCCCGAAGCAGGGGCCAGGUACCACGAAUGUCUUCGUCUCCUGUUUCAUCCUCGGCGCCGAGCCCACCCGCAACUGACAACGAAGAGGCGCCAGAAGAGUCGCCGACAGAGGAUGAGGACGAAGACGAGGCUUCUCCGCCGCCCCCUCCACUCCCGCCGCCUCCCGACGCAUCAGGUCCCGCAUGGCGUCCCUGA